UUCAUCUACACCCCAGAGAAGGCCAAGAAGAGCCUUCCCCUGCUGCUGGAGGGGAACCUGUCCUAUCGCCGUGGCAGGAGGCAGUCUGCUCCAACUAAAGACUUGGAAACAGCAUAUCAUGGUGAGAAUUUUCUUAAAGGAUUCUUGUUUAUCUUGUUUCCUUGUAGUGCUUCAGUCUGUCAGGGCUGAAAGAUUUGGUACGUUUUUAAUGGAAAGUAAACACACCCUUGUUUGUUUCCCCCAACCAUUCCUAUCUUCUCAUGACAUCCAGUCUCUUCAAAGGCUGGCAGCGAGGGGGAGCUGUGUCCUGGGGCAGAUAGCCUGGGAUUCUCAGGCAGCACCAACACCCUGGCCUCCUCUGUGAUGGAGGUGGAGGCUGAGGCAGAGCGUCCGGACCCCUGCCUGGGCCUGGAAGAAGAGGACCUACCCCCCCUGAGCGCCCCACCCACCCUCUCCAUCACCGAGGAGAUCAUGCAGUUCAUUAACCAGAGCCGCGUGCGAGAGGGCAUGGCCGAACUCAAGCCUGACAUAGUAUGGGAUUCACCCCUGGAUGAGUCUCUGGAGGACCCAGCAACUGAGCCACAUCCAUGUCCACUUGCUCAGCAAGGAAAUUACCUGCUGCUUGCUUCCCCUACGGAGGAGACUUACGAGUCACAAGACCCCGAUCCCAAUAGUCCAGAGGAGAUAACAGUGCAACUGGAGGGGAGCAGAACCAAAAUGGAAGACCAAACUCUUCCACCAUGUCUGUCCAGGGAAUCCUCAGAGGAGGGUGGUUGUGAAGAGGGAGAGUCAACACCUUUGCCAGCUGAUGUCAUAGAGGAGAGGCCUCAGGAGGAGAGCACAUCAGCCAAAGAAACCGGGACAGUUGGGGAAAGAAAUGCAUCCGAGGUGGAGGACGAUCAAACGUUCAAAACCUCGACGCCACUCUCUCCUGUAAACCUCCCAGACGAAAGAGAGAGGGAGAAGGAACUCUGCUCUGACCUUCCCAACGAGGACAAGCCCCCAGAAGCUCCUCUCUCUGUCCCAGAGCACACUGUACAGAGCCCUCUGGCGCACAAGAAAGAGACCCAGCUCACCAAGUCAGACAGGCAGAUCAUCGAGAAGAUCCGCAGCUACUACGAGGCGGCUGAGGCCGAGGCAGGAGAAGCAGGAGAAAGUGACAGCAGCCCCACCGCCAGGAGAAACAGCUUCUCCCUCAUCAUCCCCACCGGCCUGGUCAAAGACUCCGUGUCCCACUUUGCUGUCUUUGGCCACCAGGACAGCCUGUGUGACUCGGAGAGCGGGCGCUCCGAUGGGGGGGCAGAACCAGAGCCUGAGUCAGAGCUCCCCUCUCCUCUUCCGUCAGUUCCUGACCAGGGAGAGGGAGCCCUCAGCCCAGAUUGUUCCUCCACUUCUGCUGCUGGUUCCCAGGAAGACCACAGCCAGGCACCAGGUCAGGGUGAGCCUGCUCUGGAAAAAUGUAGCAGGUUUGAGCCAGGGAGUGAGCUGCCCUGCACAGAGCUGAUGAAGGAUUGGAAAGAGAAGGAGAAAGUAGGAGCCCCUGUUAGCACAGAGAGGGAAAUCAUACCAAACCUGUCAACAGACAUCACCAAAGAGCCCUUAUUCAGCGACGAAGCAGCCAAAGUGAUCACAAAAGGCCAGCAGGUAAUCAAUGGCCACAAACCAAGUCCAAGUGAUCCGGACACAGAACCUAAAGAGGCCCAGAAAGACUCCACUGUCCCUCCACCUACAGGUCUUCAUGACAGUAAGACCGCCCCAAUGUCCCAGGCUGGGUGGGGUACAAUCAGAGACAGGAGCUCCCUCACUGGGAACCUAGAGGGCCUACCCAGCCAGAUCAAGGUGGGCCGCUGGUCCCGCCACUGUAAGAUGGUGUCCUCCAGCCGGACCCUGUACGAGGGAGCAGCGGUCGCAGACGUGGCGGGGAUAGGCCUGUUCGAGGCCAGCCCCGGUGAUCCAUGUCUGGUGGAGAACUCCGAGAGAAUCCUCAGUAAAGUUCAAAUGCUGGCUCGAAUGUACAGCGCCAAGGCCAGCAUCAUGAAGGUGCCACUUCACCACAAGAGGUGUGUGUGGGUCAUGCACCGUGGACCGUCACCACCAGGCACAGCGUCCCUCCUCAGGCCCAGCCGCUACAGCAGCAGCAUCAGGAGGAGAAGAUUACAGUAAAACGAGCUCAGAGCCAUUCCACUGGCUGCCAGGAGAUGACUUCAGUUUCCUCAGAACCCCAGCUCUUUGGCCACAUCCUUGUCAGUGAACAGCUGUCCCCCACCUACCGCCA